UGGGUAAUAUUAUGCUGCACUUUGUUUACUAUCAUUAUUCUCAGGACAGUAUUUCUUAGAUAUUUUUUGUGUGUACUGAAUAGAUAAAGCAUACAGUUCAUCUUGUUGCACGCAAGAUUGUGCAUAUUAGAAUAAUUUAAAUCACACGCUAUAAGAGUAGUUUUUCAUCGAUAGACAUAUAUUCAUUAUACUGCGUUUUAUAGACUAUCACAUGUCCUCUUUUGUGGCUUCAGCAAAUUUAUCGACGGAAACCACUAACAGCAGCUUGCUUCGUUCAGGUCUGAAUAUUAGUGUGGGGGACACCAAAUCUAUUGUGCUUGCUUUGCAGGCUCUACAAGGGAAAAUACGGGCUCUUGAGCAAGAUCGCGACUUGCAUAGGGACCAAUAUGAACGAAUUCUUCAGGCACAUGAGGCUUAUAAGAUCGAUAUGGAGCACCAGUUAGAGCGCGAGCGUGCUGUCCACCGCCGUCGUGAGGAAGAGCUUCAAGAGCUACUGCAAAAGGCUCAAGACGAGAGAUCUAGAAUCCAAGGCACCUUGAGUGGGAGUCAAGGUGACUUAACAACAUUUAGAAAAGAAAUUGAAGCUAUGAUUGAAUCUGAUAAAAAUAUGGCAACGCAACGAGAGCUAAAACUCCAGACCGAGAUCACCCGUCUCCAGCAGGAAAUCAGUGAGGAGAAGGCUAGAUAUCACACCUUACUGAAUAAUGUGGAGAUGCUUAAGGGGGAACGUAGCGCUAUCGAGGAGAUGAAUCUCAACUUGCGCGACGCAAUUCAUGAGCUACAAAAUCAGAGACAUCACACACAGCGGCAGCAGCAACCCGCAAGGAUUCCGAACACCCGCCGUGGAAGACUACCAGGGGUGUCUAGCGCAGCCUCCAAGGGGUUCACUGCGUAUAACAAAAGGGACUGCUUGUAUCGUUGCUCUGGAUAUCGGGAGCCUACCUGUAAUUCUCUGCUUCGGGACGCACGAAAUGCGUUUGAGGAAGGCUUCUGUAUCUGUGGAAAGGCCUACCCAACCGUAGAUAGUCCAGUGAACACCCCUAGGAAUAACCCUACCUUCGCAGGCGGCCUGUCUCAACGACAAGGACGAAGCACGUCCAUCCACUCCCGCGUCCGGAUUAUCUCGCGUGAUACCUCGGUGCUGCCUACACACCCUUUAUCUUAUAGAAAGCCUUCUCCUUCACGAAGUGUUCACACACAGGGGCCUGUACAGCAUUACAGUACAGAUAGCGUCAAUCUCACCUCGGUGUCUCCAAGCUACCAUCAUAACUUAACCACCAGUAAGGGCGACUCAAAAGGUAACAUCAGUAUAGAUGAAGUGGAGAAGCAGCUUGAUGAGGAGCUGGAGGAGUUGCAAAAAGAAUACCAAAAUACCAUUUCUCGUGCGAAGAUCGAAAAAUUUCCACGCCAUGUCGUUAACGAUACUCUGAAGCAAAUUUCUUCGCACAUUAACAGGAAGAUGGAGCAAGUGGACUUGUUGCGGGCUGCCCGCCGCGAAAUUGGACCCCCACGAACAUUGAACGCAAAUAGCAAUGACAUCAAUCCCGACCAUGGUAUUGCAGAUAAGCAGGUGCAGCGCAAUCGUCUCGUGAAUGAGCUCCGUUACAUGUUAGCACAGUCUGCUGAAAGGCAGUAA